CCAAAAUAAAACAUCAAAUAAAAUCCGGCCAUGUCCCAUUUGCUAUUGUUUUAUCUCUUUUCUGCUGCAAUUUAUACAGCAGCAGCAGCAGCUCAACAAAUAAGCCUAGGUUCCUCCUUAACACCAACGGGCAAGUCGUCUUCAUGGGUAUCACCCAAUGGGCAUUUCGCUUUCGGUUUCUAUCAGCAAGGCAGUAAUGGCUACGCCGUCGGAAUAUUCGUAGCCGCCAUACCUGAGAGGACACCCGUCUGGACAGCCAACAGGGACACUACUCCCAUUUUCCCAACCAACUCAACUUUGGUGUUGAAGAGCGAUGGCAGGCUGGUUGUGGAGGUACGCCAAGAUACCAUCAACAUUAUUCCUACUGAUGGUCUUCCUAUUUCAUCAGCUUCCAUGUUAGACAACGGAAAUUUCGUGGUCUACGCUUCUGGUGAGAAGAUCAUAUGGCAGAGCUUUGAAAAUCCAACAAACACUCUUUUCUUAGUAAUAUCCAACAAUUUCGUGGUCUACGCUUCUGGUGAGAAGAUCAUAUGGCAGAGCUUUGAAAAUCCAACAAACACUCUUUUGCCUGGACAGAGCCUUUUGAAUGGAAAACGAUUGGUUUCCAGUGCUUCAGAAAAUGAUGACAGCUAUGGAAUUUUCACUAUCGCCAUGCAAGAUGACGGAAACCUUGUACAAUAUCCACUCCAAGGUCCAUACAUUCCCCAAAAUGCUUACUAUGCAUCCAACACUGAUAGAACAGGUAAUAAUAUUACUCUAAAUCUUGAUGAAGAUGGUAGCCUUUACUUGAUCAAUUCUACCAUCAAUAUUAUCAAGAACUUGACCCCAUCAAGAGGCAAUCCAGAGGAAAAAACAAUUUAUAUUGCCAAAAUAGACGUUGAUGGUAUUUUUAGGGUGUAUUCGCAUCCGUUUGGUCAUGGAAACUGGUCUGUUUCAUGGUCAACUACGGAUGACAAAUGCGCCCCAAUAGGUGUGUGCAGGCUGAAUGCUUAUUGCACUAUGAUGGACAAAGACGCUGAAUGCAGAUGUCUCCCAGGAUUCGAGUUUGUAAUUCCAGGCAACUGGAGUUCAGGAUGCAGUAGAAAUUUCAGUACAAGAAGCUGUAAAGCAACAGGUGGAGGUAUUAAUUAUGAAAUGAGAGCUGUGGACAACACAGUGUGGCAAAGCAAUUCUUAUGCGGUUCUCAAAACUUCAACUAAAGAAGAGUGUAUGCAAGCCUGUCUGGAGGACUGCAAUUGUGAUGCAGCACAGUUUAAAGAUGGUGCAUGUGGAAAGGAAAGGCUGCCCCUCAUAUAUGGAAGAAGGUCUGUUGAUAAUUCUAAUGUAGCUCUAAUUAAGGUUGGAUUUCUUGCAAAUAUCGGAGGAGGAGGUCUAGUUGAUCAUUCCCCAGAAAGCAAAAAACAGAAGCACAAAGACAGCAUCUUAGUUGUGGGCAUUUCAUUAUUAGCUUUUGCUAUUCUGGUCUUGGCAAUCUCUGGGAUGCUGAUACACAAAAGUAGGAUUUGGAGAUAUAGAGAGAUCUCUGAGAGAGAUAAUAAUGGCCAGUUUUGCAAGGAUGUUGGGCUCCGGGCUUUCACCUAUGCAGAAUUACAGAGAGUUACCAAUGAUUUCAAGGAAGAGCUUGGCAGAGGGGCAUUUGGGACAGUUUUCAAAGGAGUGCAGGCAGAACCCCAGAAAUUAGUAGCUGUGAAGAGGCUAGAAAAAGUUUUGGAAGAUGGGGAAAUAGAGUUUCAGAAUGAAAUGAAAGCUAUUGGUAAAACCCAUCACCGUAAUUUAGUGAAACUUCUGGGUUACUGCAUAGAUGGACCUAAAAGGCUUCUGGUGUAUGAAUACAUGAGCAACGGAUCUCUGGCUGACACACUUUUCACGCCACAGAAACAGCCAUGCUGGGAGUGGGAGGACAGAAUUGGCAUUGCUCGAGAUAUAGCAAGGGGCCUUCUGUAUUUACAUGAAGACUGUGAAACACAAAUCAUCCACUGCGAUAUAAAGCCUCAAAACAUACUCUUGGAUGAUCGAUGUGUGGCAAAGAUUUCAGACUUUGGAUUGGCAAAGCAUAUGAAGCAAGAUCAGAGCAGAACUUACACAGGAGUUAGAGGAACAAGAGGCUACGCGGCACCAGAAUGGCACAGAAAGAUGGCAGUGACAGUAAAAGCAGAUGUAUACAGCUUUGGGAUAGUGCUAUUGGAGCUAAUCACUCGUCGAAAGAGUGUGGAUUGGAGCCUUUGUGAGGACGAAGCAGUUCUUGAAGAAUGGGUUUACAAUUGCUUUGAGGCGGGUGAGGUAAGUAAAGUAGUUGGGGAAGAGGAAGUGGAGAAGAGACAAGUAGAGAGAAUGGUAAGAAUUAGCCUAUGGUGCAUCCAAGAAGAACCAUCACUCCGCCCUUCAAUGAAGAAAGUUUUACUAAUGCUGGAGGGGACAGUAGAUAUCCCUGUACCCCCUAGUCCUACUUCAUUUCUUUGUGCUGUGUAAUUGGGACUUCCAUUAUCUCAAACUUUUAUCAUUUUUUCCUUCUGCUAUUUGGAAUCUCUUUAAGUCUAUGUGUUUUUAAUUCUGAAAUGAAAUCAAUGUA